UGCGUGUGUUUCCAGCCGAGUGUGCUGUGUGCCGGUGUGUUAGCGUGCUUGCGUGUGUGUGUGUGUGUGUGUGUGUGUGUGUGUGUGUGUGUGUGUGUGUGUAGGACCUAGCGCGCGCGCCUGUGGUUGGAUGUGUGCGCGCGCGGGGCCCCCAGGAGCCUCGCAGACCCCGGGAAGGAGGAGUUAUGUAGAUUACGGAUGAACAUUCUGGAGGGGAGCGGAGAGGAGGGAAGGAGCAGCAGAGGCAGUGGGCUGGGAGCGGCUGAGGCCCUUCCCGCAGAAACUGGGGGCACCGGCCGCGGCGUAGGAGGUGGAGAAGGCGGAGGACGCACGGGCUGGAGGCGGCGGCUGCGACUCGGCGGCGCUGGGAAUCGGAACCGCGGGUGAACUUGGGCGCCACAUUCCGGGCGACGGCCGGGUGAGGAUGGUGAACACUUGCCGCCGCUGACCCUGCUUUUCCUCCGCUCCUCCCAGGCAGCUGAGCCUGGCGCUGAUCUCCUCCCCUGUACGGGUUGGUGAACCUGCAAGCUCCCUAGCUCCCUACCCACCCCUGGACUUUUUUUUUUUUUUUCCUUUUUUCUUCUUUUUUUCUUUUGAAAGGAAACGAGGGAGUGGGCAUUGGGAAAGGGAGAAAACGCAGGGGAGCUCGUCUGUUCGUUGAGGCACAGUUCACUAUGAUCUUACUCACAUUCAGCACUGGAAAAAGGUUGGAUUUCGUGCAUCGUUCGGGGGUGUUUUUCUUGCAAUCCUUGCUUUGGAUUUUAUGUGCUACGGUCUGCGGAACGGAGCAGUAUUUCAAUGUGGAGGUUUGGUUACAAAAAUACGGCUACCUUCCACCUACUGACCCCAGGAUGUCAGUGCUCCGCUCUGCAGAGACCAUGCAGUCAGCCCUUGCUGCCAUGCAGCAGUUCUAUGGCAUUAACAUGACAGGAAAAGUGGACAGAAACACAAUCGACUGGAUGAAGAGGCCUCGAUGUGGGGUACCAGACCAGACAAGAGGCAGCUCCAAAUUCAACGUCCGUCGAAAGCGCUAUGCAUUAACUGGACAGAAGUGGCAACACAAACACAUCACCUACAGUAUAAAGAACGUAACACCAAAAGUUGGUGACCCUGAGACCCGGAGAGCAAUUCGCCGUGCCUUUGAUGUGUGGCAGAAUGUAACUCCACUAACGUUUGAAGAAGUUCCCUACAGUGAGCUAGAAAAUGGCAAACGUGAUGUGGAUAUAACCAUCAUUUUUGCAUCCGGUUUUCAUGGAGACAGUUCCCCCUUUGAUGGGGAGGGAGGAUUUUUGGCCCAUGCCUAUUUCCCUGGACCAGGAAUUGGAGGAGAUACUCAUUUUGAUUCUGAUGAGCCAUGGACACUGGGAAAUCCCAAUCAUGACGGAAACGAUUUAUUCCUCGUAGCAGUUCAUGAGCUGGGACAUGCUCUCGGAUUGGAGCAUUCCAAUGACCCUACCGCUAUCAUGGCUCCCUUUUACCAGUACAUGGAAACAGACAACUUCAAGCUUCCUAAUGACGAUUUACAGGGCAUCCAGAAGAUAUAUGGUCCACCUGACAAGAUCCCUCCACCAACAAGACCUCUACCGACAGUGCCCCCUCACCGAUCUGUUCCUCCAGCUGACCCAAGGAGAAAUGACAGGCCCAAACCUCCCCGGCCUCCCACUGGCAGACCUGCUUAUCCGGGAGCCAAACCCAACAUCUGUGAUGGGAACUUCAACACUCUAGCUAUUCUUCGACGGGAGAUGUUUGUUUUCAAGGACCAAUGGUUUUGGCGGGUGAGAAACAACAGGGUGAUGGAUGGAUACCCCAUGCAAAUUACUUACUUCUGGAGGGGCUUGCCUCCCAGUAUCGAUGCAGUUUAUGAAAACAGUGAUGGAAAUUUCGUCUUUUUUAAAGGUAAUAAAUACUGGGUGUUCAAGGACACAACUCUUCAGCCCGGUUACCCUCAUGACUUGAUGACUCUUGGGAAUGGAAUUCCUCCUCACGGUAUUGACUCUGCCAUAUGGUGGGAAGAUGUCGGCAAAACCUAUUUCUUCAAAGGCGACAGGUAUUGGAGAUAUAGUGAAGAAAUGAAAACCAUGGACCCUGGCUACCCCAAGCCUAUCACCAUCUGGAAGGGCAUCCCUGAAUCACCGCAGGGAGCUUUUGUCCACAAAGAAAAUGGCUUUACCUAUUUCUACAAAGGAAAGGAGUAUUGGAAAUUCAAUAACCAGAUACUCAAAGUAGAACCUGGGUAUCCAAGAUCCAUCCUCAAGGAUUUUAUGGGCUGUGAUGGACCAACAGACCGAGAUAAAGAAGGACUCAGCCCACCAGAUGAUGUAGACAUUGUCAUCAAACUGGACAACACAGCCAGCACUGUGAAAGCCAUAGCUAUUGUCAUUCCCUGCAUCUUGGCCUUAUGCCUCCUUGUAUUGGUUUACACUGUGUUCCAGUUCAAGAGGAAAGGAACGCCCCGCCACAUACUGUACUGUAAACGCUCUAUGCAAGAGUGGGUGUGAUGGAGGGAUUUAUUGUUUUUCUUUCUUUUCCAGGAGUUUGUGGUAACUUGAGAUUCAAGACAAGAGCUGUUAUGCUGUUUCCUAGCUAGGAGCAGGCUGUGGCAGUCUGAUUCAGGGCUGACCUUCCAAACCUAGAGGGUUGCUGGUCCUGCACAUGAGUGGAAAUACAUUCAUGGAGAAGCUUCCAUGAUGCACAGUAUCUGCUGUUCUUCAGUCCUCUGUCUUUCUUUGUCAUUCAGUUCUAGGCCUUUCCUCUGCACGCUCAAUGCCCAGUAAAAUUUCAGGAUUAACUGAAGAAGAGGAAAUAUAGAAGAAAAGUUUCUUAAUUUUUUUUUAAUACUUUUCCUUCUGAAAUCUGAGCCCAAUUCUGGGAAAGAGAAAGAGAGAGAAAGAGAGAAAGAAAACAAAAAGAGCCAAUCAGAAAACCCAUAGGUUUUUUCUUUAAGGCAAAAGAAAAAAAAAAAAAGAAUUGUUUGUUUGUUUUUGUUUUUAAACAACAAAAUCCACAACUGAACUUUCAGGAAAGUGUGAAGACCCAAAACAGCUUUGUCUCCAAAGAAGAUAGCUCUGUGAUCACUACGGAUAGUCUCCUGCGCACCGUUCUGUGAGGCAGAAGGUCUGGAACACACAUGCAGGACUCUAGACUGUUGGGACAGCCAUUUUCCAACAAACAAGGGGCCAAAAUAUCUGCAAUAUAGUAACAGCCUUAAUAAUACAUGCAUUUUUCGUUUUCUACAGCUGUUCUCAGCUAUGUCCACAGUGUAUCAUCACUUCCAUCCUCAUAGCUGUAUUCAGACAGGACCGUUUGAUUGUUUUGAAAUGCUUCUGAACCCCCUCUUGCCUGUUGGCCCAGCAUCACUGUCGUGUUCUUCCCAGUUGUGUUAGGCCUUUGUCCCAGGCCUUCCAUAGGUCUGUCAGCAAUACUCAGCGCAAAGCAGAGCAAGAAGCAGUGUGUCUCUGACAUGAGGAGAGUGAUGGUUAUUUUAUAAAGAUGUAUGACUCUGUUGUUACAGCGGUGUAACCCUUUGAGAACUAUCGGAACAGCUUACAGAGUCAGGGUGAUCAGUCUUGCAAUCUGGUCAUUUGUAGAACUGGACAAUAGUGAAAGCCAUCACAGGUUUGAGAAGUUCAGAUUUGUAAAACAUACCUUACAAUCCCAUGUAAUUCUUUAAUGACUGACAGUACUGCAUAAAUGCUUUUAUAACAAGCAACGAUGUGAAUUGCCAAAAUUUUUCUGGCAAAUAAAAAAGAUAUUUUGUUAACAGUAUCUCACGAGAGUGAAAUUUUAUUUGAAUAAUUGAUUAGAAUAGCCUAUGCUUCAGACUUACUGAUUUUUUUUUCACUUAUUUAAAAUUCAUUGCAUGAAAAUCCAAUUCACCGUGAAAUACGCAGUUAGCAUUCUGUAUUGAUUGAAUUAAAAAAUGGUGACUCUGAGUUUGCAUGAAGAUCUUCCAGUGCAUAACCUACUGCAUGUCAGCCAUAGUUCUCAAAGGGUUGGUGUGACUGCUGGCACUUAGCCAUUCAUUGGAUCACUGACAGAGCUAAGAGACACCAAAGCAUUCCAUUGUUGAGUGUAAUUUGUCCUAACAGCAGUAUUAUCAUUUUCAUGUGACCUGCAGAGCAGGUUUGUAUCAAUAUUUUUUUCCUAGAGAAAAGUCAGCAACUGACAGACCUCUUUAUUGAUUUUAGGAGCUGCUUCUUGCAGUGAAAGGCUUUACAGCCACUGGGCUGUGAACUUAUUAGAGAUGGUCGUGAGGAAAGCACCCCAGGAGUCAGACAAUGGGCUUUGUGUGAAAGCCAGCUUUUGAGGGGAUUAGCUUUUGAAACAAUGAACAGCUUGCCUUGAACUUGAUAUUGAUCUGUUGACUGUCAUUAACAACAACUUAAACCUUGUCUUCUGUGAAAAAUUUUCCUUGAAGAGUCCUGUUCUGUGUCUUUGCCCUUUGACCUUUAACUUGCAAACUGACACAAAUUGAAGGAAAUCUGGUGUCACUUCUCCAUCAGAUUGUUAUUCUCUAACACCUGGUAAGAGCUGUUUCUGUAGAGCGGAGUGAGAGUCUGGGAAGUAGUUCUGCAGCUGGACGCUUUGCUCUCUACAUGCACACUCUGAAUAUGCCCUAUAGAUAGAGGUUUUUUUUAAUUUUUUCUUUAAUUUCAAGCUUAAUUUCAUCAUUUUAGUAAAAAUUACAAAAACCAUAGGAAAAAAAAAAAACAAAACCUCAAAUACUUGAAUGGCCAGUGUGGCUUUUAUAUAAAGCAGGAAUUUUAUACUAGUGAAAAUUUCUUACUCAUUUGCUAAUAAUACACAUUUCCAGAUGAUUUUUAAUGAGUGUAGGUAUACAUUCUUAUUUGGAAAUGGAUAGUUUGGCUGCCUUGAAUUUAUAUUUAUACUCAACAUAGCAUGAAAAUUAGAAUGCCUUUGGUUAAACUACAUGUUUAUGAUUUGGUUGGGGAAAAUAUUUUCUAAUCACGGGUGGCAUGCUGAAAAUCUUUGCAGACUGAUGUUUCCUGCAGUCUGAGCACAUAGCUUGUAAGGGUAGGAAAAAGGAAGAGUUGGGAAAGAAGAAUGGCUUCCUGGCUUCCUAGCACCACAUUAUGCAAUGAGACUGUUCUUCAACAAGGCAUCCCAGACUUGGACUGUGAGGGUCAGUAAGAAAAGGGGGGCAAGGAUUGGACCUGUAGGUCUACUUCAGUACUUCUUUUCCAGAUGAUGCUACUAUUAUAGAGUCAGUUGUUACAGAGCAUGGAGGACUGUAUACAUAAGCCUGUUUAUGCAGCGUUUGCUUAUUAGAGGGUUUAAUCCUUUCAGGAUCUUGAUGUCAAGAAAAAAAUGACUGGGAACCUUUUUUUUCCCUAAUGAUAGACGUGAGUAACUGUAACAUUUUGGGACAUGUGCAAAUCAUUGAGAACUCCAUCAACGUACAUUGGACAUUUUUUUUCACUCUCAAAUCAAAAAGAAAUUCAAUAAGCAAUCUAUUGCCUCUUUAUUCAUUCAUCACAAUACCCUGAUUCAUCACAAGUCUGUAAGUACCUAAGGGCUAGAAAAUAAUCAUAGCAUUGAAAAGGAAAGAGUCUUUAUUAUGCUUGAAUUCUGAUAAAUAUCAAGGAUGUGAUUUGGAUUGUGUUGCCUUGAAUAUGAGAAGUCUAUGUACUAAAAAUGGCUUAUAUGUUUACUAUCUUGACGAGGACAUCAAUAAGAUCAUGUGAUAAGAACUAAGUACAAUGUAAUCAAAAACACCAGGGUUCCUUUGUUCAUUGUAUGCCAGGCACUUCAUUCAUAUGGUUGCUGACUCUUCUUCUUGGGAUUUGUUAUAAAAAAUUUAGUGCUAAAGAAGUCAUGCAAAUGAAAAUAUUUAAUUAACCAACACAUGAAAAUAGCAAAUAAAAAUUUUUAAAGUGAAGUUAUCUAGAUUAAGCACAUGUCAGCUUAAUAUCAGUAAAACAUACAACCUAUCAAAUGAUCUCUGUAAUCUCUAAUUAAGUAACAUAAAAAAUUCAGACCUACUGUUUCCUAAGUGAAAUGAAAACAUAUUCUUGUUCAUAAAAUAAUACAUCUGUUUCAUUAUUUGUACCAAAUAUGAAGACAACUGUAAACAAGGCAAUGGUUUUACAUAAAAUGAUUUUAGAGUUUUACACUUUCAGGUAAAUAUUGUUUCUCUAUAUAUUAAUCAGACUAAGUGAAAUAUUAAGAUAGGUGAUCAGUUUGAAUUCUCUAUAAAACAAUAGUUUUGCAUCAGUGCUGUAGAAAAAGUUGUGAUAUUAGGUAACUGCUAAUCCAUCUGAGAAUAAAGUUUUCUGCGGGUAUGGCUAUCACAGCAGGUGAAGAAAGAUGUUCUUUGCCAUGGCAGACAUUACAGAGCUCAAUUAGAGAACAACAGAUGUUACUAGCGAAUACAGUUUUUGUUACGAACUGGAGAGCAAGGCUUUUCUGAACCAAAAGUAAUAAAGUAUUAAGUAAUGAUAACUGAAAGACAAUUACUAAGUAGUAAACAGUAAAGUCAGGUUGAUGAAAUAAGAAAACAUUAACACUAUUACUCAGGCAGCCUAGAAUCUCUUUUAUCAACACAUAAUUUGGCUUUUUAAAAUACUGUGCAUUUAAUUCUAUUUCAUUUCUUUGAACUAAAAUGCACUGUAGUAGGUAAGAAAAUUGCCCAGAUUCUCCUGCUCACUGUGAUAUCUGAAUGAGGGUGUAUACGGUGGAUCCCAGGAGGGUAAAUGCAAUGUUCUCAAGUUCUCCAUGUUAUGUUGAUAUUCUAAUAUGGCACAAAUUCAGACUCCUGUCAUGUGGACCAUACAAUUGAGUAACUGGUGCGCCCAUAUGAAUUGAACUCAAUGAAGAGGAAUAGAUGUUAUACUUGAAUAGAUCUGUUAAACAAAACUCAUGAAAAGAAUCAUUUUUUUUUUAGGUAUUUGGUAUUUAUUUCCAGAAACAAAUAAAGGCAGUGAUUUGCUGAUAGUUUUGAGUCUGUGAGAUUUUAGUAUAAAAAUAAGCCUGGGGAUGGUGAGGAAAUGUUUACAGUGAUCACAGAAAAAAUGUUUGACUUUUGAAACCGUAAGAGCAUAUUUCAAGCUGUCAAUGACACAACAAACCACUUAAACCACAAGUGUAACAUUCAGAGGACCUAUCACAAAGAGCUAUAAAUAGAGUCUCCACUUAUCUAUGAUACCACAGAAUAGGUCAAACAACUUAUGUGGUAGAACCUAACUGAUCCUUCCAUGGCAAUCACCUCCACAAUACUGAUUUAUAACAACCACAGGAAGCAAGCGCCAGAGUCUAGCAGUCUAAAUAGAUAUAGACUGUUGCCUAAGACAAAAGGAGAGCUAUAUCACAGACUUUACACAAGUCCGUUGUAAAGGCUGAACUCAGUCUAAUAAAGAAACUGACAUUCAAGGAUAGUACCACCAUUAAUACGAAAGCUACGUUUUAUAAGUAGAGUGGGCAGUGGAGGAUAAAAUGAGUCCUCUGUAAAAUAUAAAGUCACACUCUAGCACUCUGUAAUAUUACAGCUAGAGGUUUUACUUUAGCAAGAAUGAAACUAGUAGAGAAAACUGAAACUUCAAGCUCCUCACACCGGGAAAGAGUUUGUGAUUUCUCGAUGUAUAUACUUAGUCAAUGCCCAUUAGAUAUCACCUCUGUAAACACAUCUGAUACUCAUCCAUUGCCUCAUAGACCCAAAAAGUUAAAAACAUCCAUUCAGUAAUCUCAGUGAGAACAAAGUUAGAACCCUGAGAAAAAAGCCAUUUCCCUAGGAUAGAAAUUUACCUCAAUAAUCAUGUAACACAAAACACUUGGCAUAGUAGCAAAAGUUGCCUUAGUGUUCUAGUCUGAUCUAAUUGUAGACUUUGUCUAUGAUGCUCCACUAGCAUUGUUUCUCAUGUUUGAGUUGGCUGAUUUUGAAAUAUUUCUUGUCAGAUUAAGAACAUCUACUUAUCGAUAUCUUUUUCAAUGUGUCUACUCUGAAAUAUGAUCCAAUAGUAUAGAAAGCCUAUGAUGACUUGGCAUAUUCACAAAAAAUCAGAGAAAACCACUGGUGAUGUUUGACACUCCCCAUCAAUUUUUCUGGUAGGAUCCAGAAGUAGUAGCUUUCAGUGUUUGAAUACAGCUAUUAACUGGUAACAAGUGGCAUAUAUCAUUUCUUUACAAUAAUCUGAUGCUUAUACUAAGUCAUAAUAGAAGACGAGAAGCUUCGUGGUGUAGCAAUGGCUUCACAGGCAUUUGUAACAAAUGCUUUAACAGUGAAAUGGGGCAAAAGUCAGCAACUUGUGAUGAGUACAUCCUAAGCAUAAACAGCUAUAUACUCUAUAUAGUCUAUACAGGACAUUUGUAUAUGGACAGAUCUGAGAUGCUAUGCCUUUCAAGUAAAAACGAAGUGUGUCUUGGAAAUUUUCUUAUAUUAACAUAGGACUAAUUAUAUUAUUCGGGUGGGUGGUCUAUGUGUCCUUCCAUGAAAGGGCGCACUGGGCCAUGCGGAAAAUACAUCCUAAGCCGGAGUAUUGUGCUGAUUCACAUGACGUGGCCAUGUGCUCUGCUACAGAGCUGGAUUUUAUACCCUUAAGAAGGGAAGAAAAUAUCAAAUAUAAAUGUAUCUCUUUCGUAUUAGGCCACUUAGCUUCAAAGUAAGUUGUCACUAACUUUUAUUUCACUGAAGAAAUGGAAGGAUAUAAUGCUGAUGAAAAAUAAAAUAUAUUUAAAAAAAAACACAUUUUAGCCAACAAAGACAUUUUCUACAAUUUUUCUUCACCUGUUUUUGUUGAUCAAAAGAAAAUUACAUAUACAUGUGUUUAAUACAUAUGUAUAUAUAUAUGUAUGGAUAUAUAUGUGUGCACAUAUAACAUAUAUAUGCACACAUAUAUAUAAGCCUCUUUGUAGCACUUGAUAGGGAGCUAGAUUGGCUACCAGGCAUAGCGUUUUUAACACGGGCCUUUUUAUACAUGCCUCAUACAUUAUGAAGCUUUGGUGAGGUGUGACGUGAAAGGAUGCUUUUCCCUAGGAUUAGACUCUGGUGCUGCUUGUACUUGUCAUUGUGUGAGUGUUUGUUGCUAUGUUGGCCUGUCUUGUUCGUAUACUGAUGAAUAAAGCCUUGUGUGCACUCUCUAUUUGACGUCACAAGAAUGCAUGUUUUGUUUGCUGUCAUGUGAUACCAGUUGGAUCCCAUUCCUUUUCUACAUACCAACAUAACAACUAUGUUGUUAAUACAGAACAUACUUUGAAUGAAUGGUUUUGGUAGUAAUAUACAUGUUUUGUUUUUAUUUACUUCACCGAGUUAACAUCGACACCAGUAUUGCCUCAUAUCUUGCUCCUUAUGUAUUCCAUUGCUUAUCUAAAAUUAGGAUUUUAGUUACGAUAGCCGUUUCCUUCUUUUCUAUAUGACAUCUACUCAUUAACACAAUUUUUUACAGUCAAACAAACAUGGAUUCUAAUUAAGAGUGAGUGAUUAUCAGGAUUUUCCAACUUUCUUCUGAGAUCCAUUAUUUGACUCUUCAGCCACCAAUUUUCUUCUACCUAAUUUUUUUAAUGAAUCAGUUUUAAUUUUCUUUCUCUUUGUGAAGACUAGAAUUUAGCAGCACUGCACAAUGUAGAUGGAACCCUGCAGAUGUGUCUUUGUUUCUCGGUAUAUUCCAUCAUUAAUUACACGGAAAACAAAACCCUUAUAAGAUCCCAAAUUCUUUCAUUUGCUUAUAUUUUUAUAGAGCUCUUCCCCCUAGGAAAGUAAGAUGCUGAGUAUAAUUGUAGCUGUCUGUUGAUAAGACAGCUAUGAAAAUUUAUUUGGGGAGAAUGUAUCAAAUGUAAAUAUACAAUAAAGUAAAUAUUACAAUAUAGUGUUUAAGUACAUCUGGAGGAUAUGAAAGCCUAAAGCCUUGACUUUUUGGAAUAUUUACCUUGAGGGGUAAAUUAAAUAUAUAAGAAAGAGAUAAAAUAAAAGAUGAAGGUGUGCUAUAACAAAAGCUUUCGUUGCACUGGUUUUGACUGCAUCGGCAUUCCUGUUGUUGACCUCUAUUAUCAGGGGGCUUAGAGACUUGGCCAUAAAAUUUGCUUCAAGUAUAAAGUCUUGUAAGACUUUUUUCCUUACGUGUACCUAAUUUUAAACAAAUAUAUUUUGGUUUUAUAUUAUGGAAAGUAAAUGUUUGGAGUUUGCUCACUUAAUUUUGUGCUAAUACAAAAUUUAAUAAGCUUGAUUUUUCAUAAAAACAUAAAAUAUAAUUAGUUCAUAGUCUAAUUUCUUAAACAAACUAAAUAUUGUUGACAUGGAGUAUUUUGCCUGCUUCACCAGUGUGGUACUUAUCUUCAAUAUAUUUUAGGACUGACUUGCAUACAUGUUGUUAUCUUGAUUUCAAUAGUAUAUCAAUAUGACUGAAAAAGAAUAUAGAUAUAUGAUAUCUAUAUGUUAUCUUGUAGCAUAUAUUUGCGAAUAUAUAGCAUAAGAUAUAUAUGUGAGUAUGCAUAUACAUAUAUAUGCACUAGAUAGGUUAAGUGGAAGAAGCUCCUGUCCAUUAUCAAAUAAAUACCAUGUAUAUUUUUAAGAAUUGCACAGACAUUUAGCUUUCAGAGUCCAAAUGAGAGACAAAAAAUUGCAGAAUAAUGUUCUCUCUUGGGAAAACAACAAGCAUUUUACAGCUUCCUGUGAAAAGCACCUUUCAGUCAUCUAGUGUGAUAUUAGUAAUUAAAACAUUGAAAGUAAAGAAGGAUUUACUAAAUGAAAAUAGACUGUGAAGCAGAAAGAAAGGUCAAGGAAUCAGAAUUUCAGACAGUUGAAUGUGAUUGUCUGUACCUUAGCAUUAUGUCAUUCCCUAAUAUGUCUUCAGUUAAAGAGAGUGUGAAAGUCUGAGUUUCUGAGUUGCUUAUAUUGUUUUCUACAUUAUCUCACUAAGGAUUGAAAACAUUUAGUUUCCAUGUACCAGGCAUGAAAUGAUACUUUUAUUUACUCAGAGGAUUUUAAGGGUUGAAUAUUAUGGUUUUGCCCUCACCGGAUUACAUUUAUUCCUUUGUGAAUUUGGCAUAUAUAUUUCUCCUGAUUGCUUCUACUGACAAACACAAAGCUUGUUUGUGUGCAAAUAAAAGGCUAAACAAAUGGUGCUAAAGUGUAUUAUGACUGUCAGAUAUAAUCAGGCAAAAUUUUGUGGUGCUUCAAUUAAUUUUUCAUUGAUUUUAUUGACCAGUGUGUUGAAUGGUGUUUAUUCACGAUUUGUUUUUUAUUAGUAAAAUUAAGGCUUCAUAGCACAUUGUUAAUAAAAUGGUUGCCUAGAUUGUGUAACAGCUCACCAAGCUAUUAUAUCCUUGACUCCUUAUAAUGAGGACUCAUUAAAGGUCAAGGGUCAUGCUAUUAAUUUCAUUCUAUAGAUCAGUAACAUGACUGAACAUUUUUCACAAGGUACUUAUGUUUACAAUGCUAUAACCCUUUGACUGCUGUGGCAACCUUAACCAUACAAAUGUCAGAAGCUAAAAUCAUCCGCAUGGUUUGUGCCAUGGCAAUCAAAGAGUUAAGGGCUGUGCAGUUAUUUGUUUUGUAUUUAUUAAUUUAUAUUUAUUUCAUUUCCAUUCAAAAAGUGGUUUGGGUGGGGCAGUGUUUGUCUGCUGUAAGUGUCUUAACCUAGGGAAAGGUUAAAUGGCUUUUUAUACUGUUGCAUCUUCUGUAUUUGCCAUCAAUUCAUUGUGUUGUAAUUUUAAAUAAAUGUCAAUAAAUAAGAAAACCGAGUAAUGGUUCAUAGACAUUGUGGUUUUAGUCAUGAUUCACUUUCAUUUAUGACCAGCAUGUAGACUAUGAUCAAUAGCUUCAGUCUUUGCUGUCUUUGUCUUCCCUAUUAAGAAACAGCAAAUGAAAAUGCUUGGGUAAUUUAGAGAAAUGUUUCUUGUGUAUUUUCCUGAAUUUGCAAGUGUAUUUAACUAGACUUAUCAAUUGGAGAAUUGCUUACCUAUAUGUAAACAAUCAUGAUCAAGGAGAGGAGUAAAAAACACUCCUGCACCUCAUGUACUUCAGGCAAGUAUUCAGUAGCACAAACAUGGCUUUGUAUGGUACUUAUCCUGUACAAAAAAUAACUAUCUGAGGAGGUAUAAACUAUUAAUUAAAAAUUGUAUGCCCACCCUCAUUAGGUAUAGUCAAUUAAAGGAGUUAUGUUUUCUAUCGAAUCUUUGGCAGAAUAUCAUGUGAAGAACCCUCCCUUUACUUUUCUUGGUGCUGGGAUCGGAACUCCGUCCUGUGCACAUGAUUACAAUUCGCGCUAUCACUAAACAACACUUCAGUCCUCUUUUUUAAAUGAUGUUAUUAUAAUAAAAGAAGGCUGUCAGUGAAGAACUAAAU